GCCCAAAAGCCUUAUCUCUUCUGUUCCACUCUCUCUCCCUCACUAAUAAGCGGCAGAGAGAGAGAGAGGGAGAGCGGCGCCAAGGCUCGGGCUCGAGAGGGAUUAGGGAAAAGAAAGAUGCUCUCCAGCGCAUCGGUUGCCUCAUCGUCUCUAUAUCAUAUUCAUUUCCUUGCUUGCCAUUUUCAAGUUACAAAUCAAUCUUUGCCUCCUUCAAAUGCAUUCUUUGGGCUAAUUCCAGCAAAAAGAAGAGCGGAUGUUUUUCCUUUGAGAGCUAGCUUUUGGGAUUCCAUCAGAUCUAGUUUCUUGAAGAACAACAACAACUCUGCACAGAUUACGGAGCCACCUUCUACAUUAAUAGAAGAGGAAGAACCGUUGCCACAGGAGAUUGUACUACUAGAAAGGACUCAACCUGGUGGAACAUUUGAGCAAAUAAUCUUUUCUUCAUCUGGAGAUGUUGAUGUUUAUGAACUCCAAGAUUUAUGCGAUAAGGUAGGAUGGCCUCGAAGACCACUAAGAAAAGUAGCAGCAUCUUUAAGAAACAGCUACUUGGUUGCCACACUUCAUUCCAUAAGUAGAUCUCCAGGCACAGAGGGGAAUGACCGGAAGCAACUAAUUGGCAUGGCUCGUGCUACUUCUGACCAUGCCUUCAAUGCUACAAUAUGGGAUGUCCUUGUUGAUCCUUCUUAUCAGGGCCAGGGUCUUGGUAAGGCACUCGUGGAACAGCUAAUCCGGGCAUUACUACGAAGAGAUAUUGGCAAUAUAACAUUAUUUGCAGACAGUAAAGUUGUUGAUUUCUAUAGAAACUUAGGAUUUGAAGCUGAUCCUGAAGGUAUCAAGGGCAUGUUCUGGUACCCAAGAUAUUAGCAGCCUUUUAAUGAUGGCAUGAUUUUUAUGUGUUGCUUCAGUCAGUCAUACCUUGGAAGCAUCAUCUUGGAAUGAAACACCUACUGCACCUGUAAAUCUAUGACAAUGACACAUCAAUUCAUGACUUAUUUUAAUAUUUUGGAAUUCUUCCUGAU